AGCUGAUCGCACAUGUAUUUAAAAGUGAGUGUGGGAGUUGUUUGUUCUCAGUUUUAUAAAGUUUUAGCGCAAUUAAGUUAUUCUUGAAAAGUACGAAUUGUCGUCGGGUCUCGUGUAGUGCACGCAAAAAUAUUGCAAGUUUCUAGUUGGAUUUUAUGUAAUUGUACAUUAGACGUUGCUCGAAAUGGCCGUGUAUUUUAUGCCAAAGAAUCAUCUAAUUACAAAGGCCUCUACCCUAAAAUCUUUCCCAAACAAAUGGACCAUAAGAUGGGCAACGACACGUCGAAAUCUAUCAAAUAAAGUUUCAGGUACGCCCGGAAUUAAUACUACAUCACAACAAACACAAACAUCAUAUGGACAACAUCGUGAUAAGAAAAAAGGUAAAUUCAGUAAAUUAAAAAGCCUCCAAUUGGAAUGGAGUUGGAAAGCGGGGGCUAGUUUCACUAUAUUAUCAGUAUUGGAUUGGUGGUUGUUGGCUGCAGGAUGGUUUACAUGGUCGGGACUGUUGACACGAUGGACCCCCAUAGGCGUUUGCGUCUUUGCUGCACUUGAGUGGCACUAUCAUACACGUAAAUUGGAAAAGCAGGGGCUACCUAUUACAGCGUCAGAAAUACAGAGAAUCGCCUACUGCUCUUUACCUUUACGGCUUGUUAGUCGAUGCUGGGGCUGGGUAGCAUCGUGCCCUGUUCCACCAGCGCUAAGACCAACAGUUUUCGGUGCCUAUGUGAACGCCUUCGAUGUCAACAUGGAAGAAGCGGAAAAUCCCGAGUUGAAGCAAUACCGCAGUCUUUCCGAGUUUUUCACUCGUACACUCAGAAAUGAUGUGCGUGUCAUUGAUAAAGCAAGUCUCGUUUCACCCGCCGAUGGUCGAGUUUUACAUUUCGGUUCAGCGACUGAAUCACGAAUUGAACAGGUGAAAGGAAUUACUUACAGUUUAGACGCAUUUUUGGGACCACCAAGUUGGACUAAAAAUGAAAAUUGUUCUAGCUGUGCUGAUGCUCUUAAACUUAAUAAAGAUUCUGCACUGUAUCAGUGCGUUAUUUAUUUAGCACCCGGGGAUUAUCAUAGAUUUCAUUCGCCAGCCAAAUGGGAGCCAGAAAUUCGACGCCACUUUACCGGUCAGCUACUAUCAGUUAGUCCAAAAAUUGCAGAAUGGUUACCGGGACUAUUUUGCUUAAACGAACGUGCAUUGUAUAUUGGAAAAUGGGAGUAUGGAUUUUUCAGUUUUACUGCAGUAGGAGCUACAAACGUUGGAUCUGUACAAAUAUACUUCGACGAUGGGUUGAAGACAAACAAAUAUGUCCUGGGUCCACUGAAGAGGAAACGAUACGACGAGCGACAACUUCCUGAAGGAAUGACUCUAGAGAAAGGCGAUCUAGUUGGUCAAUUCAACAUGGGCAGUACAAUCGUGUUAAUUUUUGAAGCACCAAAGAAUUUCGAAUUCACAAUUGUCCCUGGACAAAAAAUUAAAUUCGGCGAAAAACUUGGCGAGGUUCGAACGUAAAUGUGAUUGAUUUUAAGUUUUAUAUGAAACUGUGAAGCUCGAAAAAAACAAAUGCUAAAAUGUCAGUGAUUUUCUAUUUAAUAGAGCUUAUGAAGAUAGUAUAGACUUAGAUAGGCUAUUUUCAAAGCAAUUUAAAGUCUUCAAUUCGAUGUAGUGCAUAUUGCACAAUAUUCACUGAAUUGUGUUUGAUUCUUUUUCUAGAAUGGAUGCAAUAGAAGAUUUUAAAUGGCAGCCACACUCUGUAAUGUAAUUAGGUAUUUAAGAUUUAAAUACGAAAAGACAAAUCGAUUUUGUUUCGAAACCAGUCCCUAUUUGUAAUGAUAUUGAAAUGCCUUAGAAAUACAAAUAUAUUUUGUUAUGUUUCAAAUAUAUAAGGUAGAAC